AUGAAGUGGCUGGGCUUGUGCCGACCACACCGGCAGUCGUCUCAACCCGAGCAAAGUCGUGCAGAUGCUGUGUGUGAGUCGGAUCCCUAUGUUGUUGUGAAGGUGGGAGAAGUCACUCGUAGGACUCCGGCAAUCAACAACAGCUUGAACCCUGAUUGGCGGGAGGGAAACCUCUUCACUUUUCAAGUCAAAGAAGGCGUCUCCACGAUCGAUCUGGAGGCCAUGAACGCCAAUGUUGUCAGAGACGACAGUCUCGGGAAGGCAUCCGUCAAUAUUGGUAGCCUUCAGCCUAACGAGUGGUGUCGGCUGGUCGAGCGGCUCGAGCAAGGUGGCAGUGGAACUUUGGAGCUCGACGUAUUCUUCAAGCCCAACUCGCACUAUCACCUCAAUUUCCAGCUUGAGCAGGCAAAAGAAGAAGAGAAGAAGUGCUUGGCAGAAGCUGCAAGACUUUCCAGAGAAGUGCAGAUGGCCGAGCAUGCGCGCCGGUGGCUUGCGAAUGUGGACGAGAACACCAAGAUGCCACUGAGUCUAGAGGAACGCGAUUGGGUGCGGGCUUGUGGUGGCAGGAAUUUGGUUGCUCCCGCUUGGAUCACUGUUACUCAGACGCAGGUGGAAGCCUUGGUGCGAGCACGUCAACAGGCACAUCCAAUUUCUCUCUUUCCGGAGGUGGAGCUCUCAUCGGCUUCUCUCAAGCUGAAAGUCAGGAUGAUCGGAGGCUUUGGCCUGACAAGCUCAGCAAGACGGAUCUGCACGUACUGUACAUGUGAGAUACCGCAGAAGCGGGAGUCCUCGGUCUCCACAGACUUGGCAGAAGGCCUCAACCCGGAGUGGCGAUGCAGCCGAACCGUUCCAGGAUACAGCCCUGGCGAUGCACUGGUCCUGCAAGUGUUCGGUCUUGACCCUCAAGGCCUUGGGGCUGAUGGUCAACGCCCGACCCAGCCGCAAGCAAAUGAGCUCCUCGGUCGAGCAUUUCUUCCUGGCGACAAGAUAUACCCAGAGGGUUGGAUGCUCUUCUUGAUGCAGUGA